UUUUUUUUUUAAAAAAAACAACAAUUCAAUAUACCCUUCUUUAAUAUUCACUUAUGUCGUUAAGACAAGUUUCAGAAAAAGAUUGUUGGUUUGUAAUUGGUGCUCAUCAAGCAGGUGCAUCUGAAAGACAAUGUUCUGAACUUUCUGGACUUUCGAAAACAGUAACUCAUAAUAUUCUUGCUAAUUUCAAAAAGAUGGGUUCACCUCAUGCUUCUAAUUUAUCUGUUAGUGCUUUAUUGGACAAUAACAAUAAAAAACGCAAGAUGAGUAACAUUUCUGAAAAGAGUACAUCUCGUAAAAGAGGUAGACCUCGUAAACCAGCCGAACCACCUUUUUUUACAGAAUUUAUUGUACGAGAUGUUUUAUACGAAGCCAGAAAAAAUCAGACCAUUUCUUGCCAACAUAAUAAUUCUUCAAAUUAUCGACUUGAUACCCCACCUAAUGAUGACGAAGAAUUUAAUGAAAAUUUAUUGUCAGCAAAUAAUAAAAUAAUCAAGAAGCGACGUAGUAGUGAAGAUAAUGCUAAUACAGCUUUACCUCUUACGCCUCGUUCCUUUACAACUCUCGAUGAUGAAGAGGAGAAAAACGAUUUAGAUGAAGAAAAGAUAUGGACAAUUGAGGACGAUAAAGAAUUACUUGAACAUGUAUUAGAAUUGCCUAUGAAGUAUGUAAAAUGGAAGGAAUUAGAAACGAAAUUUGAUGACAGACACUUGGCUAAAAUGUGUUAUGAACGUUGGGAAUAUAUAAAAAAGCAAAUGUUAAAAGAUGUUAAGAAUGUUGCUUCUACUUUUGAUAAUGAAUUAUAACACUUUAUGCAAUAAAUUUUCAUUUGUAUAAUGAAAUUUAUAUAAAGAAAGGAUCGUCAAUGAUAAAAACUAAAGAAGUAUUACAGGGCCAAUAAUUUAAGUGUAACCUGCCUCAACGUGCAAAUUGUCCUUAUUAUAAUAUUUAAGCAUGGUUUUAAUCAAUGUCAGUGCUCCCAUUAAAGCCAUUAUUAUUAUAACACUUUUCUUAUUCUUAUACAACUCUUUCCCUCCCUCUUUUUUUUUUUUUUCUUUUAUCUUUAGUUCUUCUUUAACUUUUCAUUUCUUAUACCCUU